UACCGUAGUAGUGUAUUUUGUUACUUCCCAACACCGCAAGUAAUAAAACCAUUUGGAAGCCCUGUCCACAUUAUGUCCAACGUCCACUUUCCACACACUCUCUGAGGGACAACCAUACAGAUUUAAUCACUCAACAGACAGUUACAGGCCUUCAAAGGAGAAGUGAGAGAUUUUACUCAACUUCCUUCCUUUUCGACUUGCCCGUUUCCUGUUAAAAUACUGUUUAUUCUACGUCUCUGCAACAAUCUUACCAUCGAAGGGAGGAAUAUGGAGCAGGCUGUCAUUCUUCUUCUGCUGAUUGGUGGACCAGCACACGCUUUCCUUACUCCUGGUGAAUCUAAAUGUAACGGUACCAUGGAGAACUCCCAUUGCUCCGUCACUCUUGGGGGAUCUAUCUCCAUCCAAGUGAUCCUUGACGUGAGUGGCCUACAGCUGCGAUGUAAGAAGAUGCUCCCCAGUGGGCCCAUUGUUGUUUUUACAGUGAAAAAAGAAAAGCCCAUGAUACAAGAAGCCUUCAGAAAUAGAACAGAGUUCUUCAUUAACAAUGGGACUUUAAAAAUUUCCAGCAUUGAGAGGACUGAUUCUGGUCAGUACAUAGUGGAAGUCUUUGAUCGGAAUGGGCAACUUGUCAAAACUGCCACAGUGGAACUGGAUGUCCUAGAAAAUCAUUUUUCAAUCAUAAUUCCAGUUUGUGCUGCAUUGGCUGCUUUACUGGUAAUUGUAGUUGUGUCUUGUUGCGUGUAUAAGAAAAGAAGGCGAAACAAGAGGUCAGGUUCAGACAAAGCCAAGAAAAAAAAGACCACAGUAGAAUUUUGGAAAACGAGUGACCACAUGCAAGACAAUUAUCCUCAUGGACUAAAUUAAAACAGCAAAUAUUGUAGAAUGACUGCACUAUUUUACAUGUUGUAUUAUACUAUACAUUAUUUGAUCACUAUGUUUGUAACGUACAGUAUAUAAACAUCUGUUUACAUGUUUAAGUUUUUGUAACUAUUCAGAAGUACAGUGUGUACAUGCACAGUAUUUUCCCCCCUCUAACUAUGUAAUAGUUGAGCUUAUAUUUUAUUUUUAAUGAAAUGCUUACCAACUGCUUAAUAAUUGCUAUCCUUGCAUUGUGUAACACGUGACAUGAAACCAAAAUCCAAUUAGAUAUUCCAUUACAAAUCUUUUUGACGACAACUAGUGUACAGUUUAAUGUGGAAGAAACGUUCAUGAAUUUUGAUCAUCAUGUUCAAAUAAAAUCAAUAUGGCCCAUCACAUCUAUUCUCUUACAAUGACUGCAUAUACUGGAGCAAAUUAUUGGUUGCGAUUAAGACACAAAAUACUGCAUGAUUUGCAACAUAGAUGCAUUUUUAUACUAUCAAAAUAUUUAGUCCGCAGCGAAAAUUCUUUGCCAUGAGGUGUCAAAUUGAACUUCCAGUAAAUGGGAUUGGAAAGGUAUAGCACCACUUUUAAGACACCUAGUUUAGAUUCACACCUGAGAUUUUGGAACACUAAAGAGUAAUACAAUACUGUACCAGCGAGGGAAAAUCUUAGUCUCAUUGUGGACUCAAUAAAAAACUUUCUGUUUCUUCUGAGGUGGUGGUUACUGUUUUCCUUAACUUGAUUAGUUAUCAUAGCGAGGCAUCUUCCUUUUGCAAUGACAAUGUCCAUCUCAUCUAGGUUUUGACUGUUUUUGUCAUUAUGCAUGUCGACCGCUUGUCUCUUUUUUGUUAUUAUUUUGUGUUACUAGCUCACUUUCAUGUGCAUCUGUUGUUCAAUAAAACUGGUGG